UGUGUUUUUCUGUCUUCAAAAACUCCCCACAACUGCAGCUCGGGGCUGUGUUCUCCGGACUUGCUCUGUGAGCCAGGCAGCCGCCAGCUGGCCAAGGAAGACUCCGAAUUCAGUCUGCAGGGAAGGUCUCGCUGUUUCCAUCUGUGCGCCCCGCAACAGCCCUCCGCCACACCGGUGUUGCCCGCAGUGUCGACACCUGUCAGCAGCACGCCCGUCCUGUUGGAGCCGGCUUUGAUUAUGACCUGACCGUGUGUGUGUUUCAUCCCAGAUGUUGGUGCAAAGCCACCGCGUGCUCUCUGAAAGGGCACCCAGCGCACUUUCAGCUGAGAAACCUUCUGGUUUGACGCCUUUUGCUGGAAAACCGGCCCUGGCGCCCGCGGCCUGCUCCCCAGGGAGGAGGGACUCAGCAGAUGGUGGCCUGUCAUCCCCAGCUCUAUCCCUGGCUUAGCGGCUCCAAAGAGCACCGCGCAUCACUAAGUCAUCCUGUAAGGUGACCCUGAAGUGUGACUUGUCGCACCGAGGGGCGGGGACAGCUCUGGCUGACGCGGGGGGAUUUGUGGGUGCCCCUAAGCCGGAACGUGUUCUAACCAGCAGCCCUGCUGACAGCCAAGUCAUGGCCUGCGGGGCCUGCCGGUGGGGUGGGUGGUGGGAGUCAGCCCCGGGUGGGGAUCUCGUUCGUCGGGCAAAGGCCACCUUGUCCCUGGAAGGAGAGCUCUGUGACUCUGCUAGGAGCUUGGCACGAUUCACCUUGCCAGCUGCAGCUUUCCUGUAAGUCCUCCACUCCGCCUAUAAAGGGCUGAACCCGGGGAUCCAGGGCCAGACCAUGGCCUUUGCGAGCCCCGGAGCCGAGGAGCCGAGAGCGGCAGCGCUGAGCUCCCUCGCAGCACAUCAGGACGGCAGCAGGUUCGCCUCCAAGGGCAUGAACCACCAGUACGCCCGCCGGGAGGUCUUCUGCCGCAACUCCUGCCACGAGCUCAAAUGCUUCUGGGAGCGGGAAAUUGGCAAACAGACUUACUACCGGGAAUCGGAGGAGCACCGUCUGGGAAGAAGUGCACUGAGAAGGCUCAGGGAAGAAUGGAAGCAGAGGCUGGAGACGAAGCUGAGGCUGAGGAACAGUCCCGACGAGACGGAAAAGCAGGCGAACGUUGGCUGAGAGUUCCCGGCUGCACCGCCCCCAGAGGAGCCAGGGCCCCGAGGUCCUCGGCUAGGAGCCGUCCAUGCACAUCGCCGAGUCCCUCUGCUAUGCCCAACAGAUGUCACUCACGCCACUGCCACCCCACCUGCAGGGGGUUUACCUGCAAAUCUCUCCCAGUGCACGGUGGGAGUUAGCCCCCGAGCCACCUCCCUGCCUUCUUCCAACCGUGGCUGGACAGCCAGUUUGCUGUCAAAACCCCACGCACCUCCCGUUUCCAUAGAAUGCCCACCCGUCUGGAAAUGCAAUCAUUAGGCUCUAGGCAUACCAGGCGGUGUCCUAGCUUUGUGGCCCUGCCACUCACGCUCACGUGGCACAGCAGAGUCGCUGCACCAGCUCACCGUGUCCAGGAAACUCGCGUCACAUAAUCCUGUCUCGUUUUCUGAGAACAGAAGCGCACCCAUCUGCAGAACAAAGCCCUGUAAGUCAUCAUCCUCAUUGGUUUGAAAACAAACGGCUCUAAUCUUCUUCCUUCCUCUGAGCUUAAUUGGCUUUUUCAAAAACACCGAUGCGGUCCGUAUCCUUUUACUAAAACCCAGUGCUUGGCCUU